AUGAAAUUCUUCAUUGCCUUGUUCGUGUUGGCAGCAAUUGUUUGCUGUACCUUUGGCCAACCAACACAUCAAUACGCUGAAGUGGCCGAAACUUUGGAGGGUGCCGAUGGCAAUCUAGCUGUAGAUGCUGAUGCAGGUUCUGCCCGCAAAGUACGUUACGGAUUCUAUCCCGGUGGCUAUGGCGGUGGUUUCUAUCCAGGUGGUUAUGGCGGUGGUUUUUAUCCACGAUUCGGUGGUGGUGGAUUGGGCGGUGGAUUCGGCGGUAGCUCCUCUAGCGCCUAUGCAAGUUCAAGUGGUUUUGGCGGUGGUUUGGGCGGCGGUUACUUUGGCGUCGAUGGCAAUCUAGCCGUUGAUGCUGAUGCAGGAUCAGUACGUAAUGCCCGUUAUGGUGGUAGAUUUUAUCCCGGUUUCGGCUAUGGUGGUGGGUUUGGCGGUAGUAGCAGUUCAGCUUAUGCAGGAUCAUCCGUUUUUGCUGGCGGCUUUGGACAUUAG